UGAUGGGGCCGAAACGCCUGCUCCUCCUUUCCCUGGCAUUUCAUUUUGUGGUGAGCCUCCAUGGACAAAUUCCAAACUUUGAUGAGGAAAAUGAUCUCUUACUGAACUCAUCGUCCCUCUGGGACAUACUGAAACCUCAGAACAACCCCUACCUCCAAGAACUGAGUGGACACUGGACGUUCAACGACACGAUAGACAUCAGUAAAUACGAAGAGUUCGAUCAUACUAGAUUUGAAAAUUCUCGUGAAAUGAGCUUGGAGGAUUUAAUCGCGAAAGUUAAAGAACACGUCAAGACGAAGUUCCAACAGCAAGGAGGAAGCCUUCAGACGACAAUGCCCCCCGAAGACCUGCCAGUCUUCGGCAGCAACUUAGUGACGAAUAGCACAGCCCAACUCGGAGGCACAGCUUACCUCCACUGCCGCGUCCGCAACUUAAACAACAGAGCGGUGUCCUGGGUUAGGCGUAGGGACUGGCACAUAUUAACGUCAGCUAUGUUCACCUACACGAAUGAUGAAAGGUUCCAGGUGCUCCACGCCGAAGGUUCCGACGACUGGACGCUCCAGAUCAAAUACGUCCAGAAAGACGACAACGGAGCGUACGAAUGCCAGGUCGCAACCGGAAAAGGGACUAUUUCUCAUUAUUUCAAUCUCGUGGUCGUCGUUCCGACAGCUUACAUCCUGGGCACAGGCGAAUACCACAUCGGCCAAGGCAGCACAAUAAGCCUUGUCUGUAUUAUUGAAAACAGCCCGAUGCCGCCCCAGUUCAUAAUGUGGUACCACAACGAGAAGAUGAUCAAUCAUGAUGCCGGCCGCCCAGAAGACAACAGGGUCCAGCUGCUGACGGAGACAUCCGGCGAGAAGACACACAGCAGGCUCCUGAUCACAGACGCGACUCCGGCCCAUUCCGGAAAUUACACUUGUAGAGCGAGCAACACCGAACCAGAUUCGGUGUACGUGUUCGUAUCAACGGGUCCAUAUGGAGACAACAUUGCAGCCAUCCAGCGGCAAGACGCUUCUGGUAGCAAGAGGCCGUGCGUGGCCCUGCUCGUCGCGCUUAUUUCCACGUCGUCAAUUUUUCACUGGAAUUGGAUGCUGUGUGGCACUCCUCCAUUCGAGGGAGUGGAAGCAGUUCUUGGCGAACUCUGAAAAACCGUUUGAUGAUGUAGAUUAAUGGAAGAU